GAAAAGUGUGAAUAUAAAAAUAUUCAAUUUUUCAGACAAAGAAAAUGUCUGAAAAUGACUGGAUUAGUUUAAAUGUUGGAGGCCAGAAGUUUGCAACAUGCAGGAGUACACUGAAUCGAGAACCCAGCUGUAUGCUUGCAAGAAUGUUUGCAAAUCCUAAAUCUUUGAAACCUGGAUCUACAGAUAGCUCAGGAGCAUUUCUUAUAGACAGGAGUCCAAAAUAUUUUGAGCCCAUCCUGAAUUAUCUGCGGACUGGAAACCUUAUAAUUGAUCCAAACCUGAAUCCUGAAGGUAUACUGGAGGAAGCUAGAUAUUUUGGAAUAGAAUCGUUAAUUCCCCGCUUGGAACAAAUAGUGGCGCAGAAUUCAAUCCCAAGAGAUGAUAGAUCCUUGACUAGAAGAGAUGUAAUUGAUGCCUUGAUGAGUUCUAGUUCCGGUUCCGGUAGAGGAGAUACAGGGCUAAGGUUCCAGGGUGUAAACCUGGAGUCAGCUGAUCUAUCCCGUCUUGAUCUCAGGGGUAUUAACUUCAAGUACGCGAACCUUUCUCGCGCGCGUUUAACUGGAGCUAAUUUGUCCUGGUGUCAACUCGAGCGUGCUGAUUUAUCCUACGCGCUAAUGGAGGGAGCACAAAUGCUGGGGGUAAAGAUGCUCUGUGCUAAUCUUGAAGGAGUAAAUCUUACAAAUGCUAAUUUUGAGGAUCCAGCAGGCACUAGUGCAAACCUAGAAGGUGCAAACUUAAGGGGGGCUAAUCUAGAAAAUAGCACCAUGGCAGGAAUCAACCUAAGAGUUGCAACCUUAAAAAAUGUGAAUAUGCAAAAUUGUGAUCUAAGGAUGGCUGUGUUAGCAGGUACUUUAUCUAGGGGCACAUUUUUUUAGGAAUUCCCCCCUACU